AAGAAUCUCGGCAAUUAAAUGAAAUGAGUACGACACUAAAUGAUAUCACAAACCUCUUUGAUCAUACGGAUAAGACUACCAAUGGUCUAUCUAAACGUGAGUCGUGUCCCGAAAAAGGUAGACUUGAAAAUUCAUUAGACAAUGUUGCGCAUAAGGAAAACAGAGAAAAUAGCCGAGAGAAUAGGGGUGAUCCAUCUGCGACUAAUCUAAAUGGAAAAGGUUCAUACAUAAGUUCAACCUCCAAUUUUUCUGAAGAUUUGAUUCGUACUAAAUACGAUAAUAAAAGGACAAUAAAGCCACAAAAUGAUGAAUUUGGUCGUUUAAAUGAAGAAAUUAAACGUUCCAGCGAAAAAAUUGAAAAUCAAGCUCACUCUAUUGUUUUAAAAGAUUGUGAGAUAAAAAGUCUUCAAGCAGAUAAUAAACGUCUAACUAAUGAAGUUUCCAGAAUUCGCCAAGACUUGGAAAAAUCUAAUGCUAACUACAAUAAGUAUCGUGAGCUUGUCGAGACAAAACACAAAACUGAUACUGAAACGUUAAUUUUCUCUCUUCAAAAUGAAUUAAAGCAUUCACAAAAGACUAACUCUACAAUGAAAUCUCAAUUAGAGGAUUCUCGUGCUCUUAAUGAGCUUUUGAAAAAGAAUUAUGAAUCUCUAAUGGAAGAAAAUAAAAAAUUGCGUGAAAACUUUCGUAGAGCUAAAUUAGAAAGAGAGACUCAGUUGGAUUUUGUGAAAAAGUUGGGUCAUGAGAUUGCAAUGAAUUCUGGUUUGGAAAAUGAUUUAUCAAAAUCAUCAUUACCUCAAGUGACUCGAAAUGGACAUUCAAAACAAAUUUCAGAGCCAAUUAAAGACUCUGAAUGGACAGGUGACAGUGAUGGAGAUGACGAAUCUCCGAUAAUUAAUAAUAAUUUAGAUAAUGUAUUUAAUAAGAACAAAGUUGUGAAGAAUGGUGUAAUAAUAGAGAAUAAUACUAAAAGUAGUUGUAUAGAUGCUUUUAAUGUAAUUUCUACUGACCAAGCUGAGAGAGAUGAUUGCGAAAGCAGAAUUAUAACAGACGAGAUCACGACUCAUAAACAAGAAACUAUCAAUGGUGACCUUAAUAAAAAUAAGUUGACCAAAAAAUGUUCACGCUCAAUAAUAACGUCUUCAAAAGGAAGAGGUGUUAAAACCGCCAAGAAUAGGUCUAGGGCCGAGUCAUCGGAUAAUAGUCAGGUUGUAAAAAAGGUCAAAAGUGAAAUAGAUUCGGAAAAAGGAACUCAAUUAAUAAAGAACCUUUCCUUAUUCAAUUGGUUAAAUUUGAAUUUGGAAUGGUUUAAUCUAUCAACUUGGAAUUCGUUGAUUUGGAAUUUAUCAAUGACUGACAUGAUACCUUGGAACGUUUCGAGGAUCAACGUUGAAGCAUUAAAAAUAGGGGCAUCAGCUUUAGAGUUUUCGGUGGUGUUAAUACCACAAUAUGUUCACCCGGAAAAAUAUUUGCCCUCUACUCCAAAGUCAACAGAAGGAAAUACACCUCUUACAGCUAUUUCAGACGACGAAUACACGACUGAUGCUCCGUCACCUACUGAAACUAGUCACCUUUCAGCAUUUUCUGACAAUGAACAAGGAGAGUCUUCAACAACACGAUCUAGUAGAAUAUGGACUGAGAAUAACAUCAUGAUUUUACUUGACUAUGUUGAAGCCAAUUACGAACAGUGGAGAAUUUGCAAACGCGAGUUUUGUAGAUUUAUUGAAAAAGCAAAUGUUUUAAAAAAAAAAUUUAAAAGAUAUCAAAUUGAAAAGAAAUUAAAUACUCUUGUAGCUACUUACACAAAAAUUAGAAAGGGUAUCAAAGUACAGCAAAGAAAAUUUCCUGCAUAUGCUAGAAUGCAUGAAAUAUUUGGACAUCGGCCAAUAGAAGAGUAUAUUAUUUUAAGGGAAACCUCUGGACCUAAAAAGCGCUUUUCUCAAAAUAUUGAUUCUAUGGAUGACGAUGAACAA